AUGUCCCUCGCCCAACAUGUCUCCUCGGUCGAAGGCAUUGACCACGAGCCCGAGCCCGGCGACGUGGCCUUUGACGACCGCGCCAGUCUGCUCAGUUUCCACCGGCUGUCGCGCCAGCCCAGCAUCGCCCUGUCCAUUAGCUAUGACCCCAUCCCUUCGGCCGCCGGGGACAAGGCCGGCGCCGGAGCACCCGAGAAGUUGGAGCCCAUUGCCGCGUAUGAGGUGUCGAGGGGGAUGAGGAUAGCGCAGGUAUCAGUUGGCGUUGUCUCGUGUGUCCUGGCAUCGGGCAUUGUGUUUGGCUUCGACGCCCUCAAAACCAUCCUGGUCGCCGAGGGCACGUAUCGGGAUCUCUGCACCGAAGACGAACUGAGAAAGAAUGUGCCUUUGUGCUAUAUGCAGGACCAAAGGCUAAACCUCACCUUUGUCAUCGCCUCCGUCACCACCAACAUCUCUGCUCUCCUGGUCGGGAGCAUCCUCGACCGCUACGGCCCGCGUGUCUGCGGAAUCAUCUCCUCCAUCUUCCUCGUCCUGGGCAGUAUCUGCAUGGCCUUUGCCUCGGACCUGCCCUUUGACGCAUACAUUGUCGCGAGUUUCCUCCUCGCCCUGGGCGGCACUUUCACCUUCGUGCCCAGUUUCCACCUGUCCAAUGCAUUUCCCCGAUUCCAGGGGCUCAUCCUGGCCCUGGUCACGGGCGCCUUCGACGCCUCGGCCAGUGUCUUUCUGAUCUUCCGCAUCCUGUACCAGAGCACCCACGGGGCCAUCAACCUGAGACAGAUCUUCGUCGUCUACCUGAUCGUCCCGGCCUUCAUAUUCGCGUCCCAAAUCACAAUCAUGCCCUCGCACAGUUACCAGACCCGCGGGGAGCUGGCCGAGAAGAUGGACAAGGCCCAAGACCCCACGACGGACGUGCACGAUAGCGACGACGAGCUCGACGGCGCCAUGGAGGUCAUGCAAGUGCGGGCCGAGCGAGCGAAUCGGCGUCGGCAGUCCAUCGCCUCCAUCAACGACCUGCUGGGCACGCCGGCCGAGCAGAACAAGCACGAGAAAAAGGAGGACCAGAUCAAGGUCAACAGCGGCGUGUGGGGGAUCCUGCACGGCCUGCCUGCCAGCAAGCAGAUCCGCACGCCAUGGUUCAUCCUCAUCACGCUCUUCACGGUGCUGCAGAUGGCGCGGUUCAACUUCUUCAUCGCCACCAUCUUCACCCAGUACUCGUACAUGCUCAACUCGGUCGAGGAGGCCACGCGGGUGAUCGAGUUCUUCGACCUGGCCCUGCCCAUCGGCGGCAUCGUGACUGUGCCUUUUAUCGGCGCCCUGCUGGACUACACAUCCACCGUCGCGGUACUGAACCUGCUGGUUUUGCUGAGCACGCUGAUCGGCGUGCUGGGCGCCGUCCCCACCAUCUGGGCCGCCUACGCCAACGUCACGUUGUUCGUGCUGUUCCGCCCGCUCUACUACAGCGCCAUGUCCGACUACGCGGCCAAGAUCUUCGGGUACGCCACCUUUGGGACUGUCUACGGCGCCAUCAUCUGCCUCUCGGGCCUCUUCACCUUCACCCAGUCCGGGCUGCAGGCCCUGCUGCACGACGUCUUCGAGGACGACCCGGAGCCCAUCAAUUUGGGACUCGCCACCGCCGGGCUGGUCCUCGGCGUCACACUGGUCAUGUACGUCGACAUCAAGGGCCGCGCCCUGCACAGGGAGAGAGCCAUCGCCGCGGCCCAAGCUGCUGCUGCGGUUGCCAACGACGAGAGACGCCCACUCCUGGGCCCGCCACGGUCUGCCUACGGAAGCGCCCGCAGCGUUAACAGCACGCUCGGCAUGAACGUUCCCAACACCGGUGCUGGAUUCGGCACCGCAGCCGGAUCUCUCCCCAACGCCUCUGCGAGUGUCGGACCUGAUUUCAGUAGCGGGAUAUCCGCCGCCGCCGCAGCAGGUGGUGCCGCGGGCCUCAACGCCGGUCUGGGCCUGGGCAUGUCCAGCGCCAUGACCGAAGACCCCAGCGUGGCAGCGGCUGCAGCUGCAGUAGUGUCCUCGGACAGAAUGCGCCUCCUGCACGCCACGCCCAGCCGGCAGCAGUUGCAGCGGAAUCUGUCCACCGUGGAGGAGACGCGGGAGCUCUAG